AUGUCAACAUUCAGAAAAAUACGACAGCGACAAGACCUGCAUAAGGUCACGAAUUUCGAGCGCGAAAUCAACGAUCUCGCCGCGGAUGACCUCUACGAGCAGAUCCUUUUUCGGUAUAUUCGAAGCGGCAAUGACCCGAACAAGGAAGAGGCCGUCGAGGUUUUCGAAGGUUACGUGGAUCCCGUCUCCGAUCCGGCUCGGGAGGCCAAAAUCACUGCUUUGCACAAGGAAUUCCUCCAUCAUAUCCAUCACAAACGCGAGAAGAUCGUGCGCAUCCUGCACACCUGCCCGGAGCACCAAAAACGCUCCCGUUUUGAUCGCAUUUUAUGCGAAACUGAGUAUUGUACCGGCAUGCGGGAGUGGGAGGAAGGCGAUUCUCGCGGCGCGUCGGGCCAAAAUCGUAAAUCUAGCUAUCGAACGAAGGAAUGGGAUACGAACGAGGACACCAUGAAGUUUGAGGUCCCGCGUUUAACAGAAACCCCUUCCUACAUCCGCGGAACUCUCCGGCCCUAUCAAAUUGAAGGGGUGAACUGGCUGUUGGGGCUUUUUUCCCGUGGGGUGAAUGGAAUUCUCGCGGAUGAGAUGGGGCUUGGGAAGACGUUUCAAACGAUUGCGAUGCUGGGGUAUCUGAAAUUCACCGUAGGCCUUCCCGGGCCGCAUGUGGUGGUAUGCCCGAAAUCAGUUAUGGGAAAUUGGUAUCGCGAGUUUCGCCAUUGGUGCCCCGCCCUCUCGGUGUACAAAUUUCAUGCCUCGAGCGAUCUACGGCCGAUAUUGAUUAAAUCGCAUUUCUCCCCGCCCGAGAAACUCCGCUAUGACGUGGUGGUGACGACUUUUGAAAUGGUCCUGGAGGAGAUUCGGACUUUCAAAAAGAUCCACUGGCAGUACCUCAUCGUGGACGAGGCGCAUAAAAUAAAAAACGAGGAGGGCCGCGCGCAUGCGCUCUUGAAUUCGCUGGAAACCUCUCAUCGUCUAAUUAUUACGGGGACGCCGCUUCAAAACAACCUCAAGGAACUCUGGUCGCUUUUGCAUUUUCUCUCGCCGCGGCUUUUUGAAAUUUCGGAUACCCUGCAUGAGUGGUUUGACUCCGCCAGUGGGCACCAAGACAAGGAAGUGAUGUCGAAUAUGCACAAAAUCCUCGCCCCGCUGAUGAUUCGUCGGGUGAAGGCGGAAGUCAACACGGGAAUCCCCCCCAAAAAGGAGAUUUACGUCUCCUGCAAACUAACAAAAAAACAGAGGGAGUGGUAUAUUCACGUCCUCGCGAAAGACUCCGAGGCGUUGAAUCGGACAUCGAGCAAUACAACUUAUCUAAACUCCGUUUUGAUGAGCCUGCGCAAGGUGAUUAAUCAUCCGUAUUUAAUGGACGGUGGCGAGGAAGGGCCGCCGUUUAUUACGGAUGAAAAACUCGUCAAAGCCUCCGGCAAGAUGUUGAUUUUAGACAAACUACUCCACCGCCUGAAAGGGGAUGUGGAGGGAAAGCAUAAAGUGCUGAUUUUCUCCCAGUUCACGUCCAUGUUAAACAUCUUAGAGGACUACUGCAAUAUGCGCGGCUUUCGCUACUGUCGGAUUGACGGCAACACGAGCAGCUACGACCGGGACUCCUAUAUGGCGACCUUCAACUCCCCGAACGGGGAGUCCUUUAUCUUUCUCCUCUCCACGCGCGCGGGGGGAUUAGGGAUUAACCUCCAGGCCGCCAAUCACGUCAUUAUUUACGAUUCGGAUUGGAAUCCGCAGAUGGAUCUUCAGGCGCAGGAUCGCGCGCAUCGCAUCGGGCAAACGCGCAGCGUCCGUGUCUACCGCUUCGUGACCGAUGGCACCAUCGAGGAGCGCAUUUACCGCCGGGCGCUGAAAAAACUUUAUUUAAACGCCCUCGUCGUCCAGCAGGGCAACCUAAGCUCGAGCAUUUCGAAUACCCAGAACGCAAAUCCCAACGGGGUCUCGCGAAAUGAGCUGCUGUCGAUGAUUCGCUUCGGCGCGGAGGAGAUUUUUCGCACGCGGCAUGUCGACAUCACCGAGGCCGACAUCGACCGCCUCCUUGACGAAGGCGAGGCCAAGUCCUCCAACAUCAACAACGAGGCGAAGCAGACCGUCCAGAUGUCCCUCACGAGCUUCAAACUCGGCGCCGACGAGGCGAACAUCUACGACUUCGAGGGCAUCUCCUUUCGCUCCGGGCUGGAAUCGCGCAUUUUGCAUCUCAAGCUCCCCGACGCCAUCCCACAAGCGAGGCUGGAGGCGCAAUGCGCGGCCUACGGCGAGGUCCUCCGCGUGGUUCUCCACCCCAACUUAAAAGAGGCCCUCGUGCAAUAUCGCACGCUAAACGGCGCGAUCGACGCGAAGUCGGGGCUGCCCUACGAGGCCGCCUUUGUCAGCAAAGAAGCCCAAACCAUCGUCCCGAGCGAGAUGAUCUCGGAAGGGUUGGGAGCGGGGGAAAAACUCGGCCGCGGGCACCGCGCGCGCGUGGCGAUGACGCCAUACACCGAGGCUGAUGUCGAGCAGAUCCAAACCAAAGCCUCGAAGGCGCCGCCGUUAAAACUGCCCAAAGCACCGAAAUUUCAUCAUUUUCAUCUUUUUAACGCGAAACGCCUGCUCGAGCUGCAUAAUACCGAAGUGGGGUUGAUGGUGCAGAAUUGGAAGCGAAAGUACUCAGAGAACAACACCGGCGAGGAGCCGGACGCCGAGGCGCCGAACAAGGAGGGGGGGGAUAACGCGGAUGAGACUUUGACCGCGACCGAGCUGGAGGAACGCGAGCGAUUACUCAGCGAAGGCUUUCCAACCUGGACUUUCCACGAAUAUCGUCAAUUAAUUAAAGUUUUAAUCAGCGGCAAGGUGGAUAUACACGACUAUGACGCCAUCACGGCAGAGCUCAACACGCCGGAGAAGACCGUUGCCGAGGUCCGCGAUUACGUCAACGCGCUGCUCGAACGGGGUGAGCAGUGUGUUCACAUGUUUGAUAAAUUAGAGAAGCGAAUUCAAAAGGCGCAGGGAAAAUUUCAGGAAAAGAAAGACUCUCUGCGGGCUGCGAAGUGGAAAAUCGAGCAGUAUAAUUGCCCUGAACAACAACUCACCUUUAAGGGCAAAAUUAGCUUUCCAGAGCUUCAGCGGCAAAUAUUUUUGCUUGGAUACGAUACAGGGUUUAAGGAGGAAAAUAUCGGCGAGAAUAUUCGAAAGCUUCCACAGAACGCGUUUAACGUAUGGUAUAUGUCUACCCAAAAUUACUUUUACUCAUCCGCGCUGCAUCGUUUAAUGCACUCCGUUAAAAGAGAAUGGGCAACAGCGAUGGGGGAGGAAAGUGGAGAAGGGGGAAAUCGCCGUCGGUUUCGAACUGAGCAAGUUCAGCUUUAA